UGGAGGCAAGUCUAGUUAAUUGUUCUCAUUGUUAGGAAGUUUCUCCUUCAUUCCAAGUUGCUUCUCUCCUUUGAUUCUCCCAGUUCACUUUCACUUUGUCUGCAACGGCACGUGGAUGUUACCCCACACCUACACUCUGAAGGGGUUGCGGAUGGUUGCAAACAGUUGUGUAGGGGAAGGCGAGACACAUCCAAACGGCAAAAUGGAGCCGCUGGAGGAGAGACUGGACCACGAAGGGAGGAGACAUCAACAUUUGCACAACGUGGCGGGCAGAGGCUACAAGAGGCAGGAGACAGCAGCCCAUUCGGGGAGAGAAAUUGGAAGAGCUUUGGAGGAGGAUCCAACCCGAUGCAGAGAAAAGUGGAAACAGCUGCGGGACAAAUUUGCCAGGCUGAAAAAAAGAAUGAAAACAAAGAGCAGGGAUCCAGGACCGCCAGCCCACUCUUUAAUGCUGUCCUGGCUGGAAGGAUUUGUAAAACUCUGGGAAACCCAAGUGAAUGUCAACGGUGCUGCAACGGAGCCUGAGGAUGCCACGCCAGGGCCUCUAGAGAAAGACUCCUUGGAUUCAACCUUGAAUAUGGAGGACAUCUCAUUCACAUCACACCUCGCAUCCAAGCAUUCGGGUGUCUUCUCACUGCACAGUAGCGACGAUGAUGAGGAUGAAGCACCAGUCUCCCAGUCGAGAAAAAGGAGGAAGAAGAUGGGAAAGGAUGAGAUACUGGAUGCUUUGGUCACUCUACGCCGGGAGCAACUUCAAACUACAAUGAUGACACUGUUGAAUCCCGAUAACGGCCGUCGCAACGAUGAAUACACAACUUUUGCUCUGGCUAUUGCGGAUUCUUUGCGGAAACUUCCGCCCGAACAUGUGGAAGCCACAAAAUCCCAGCUCUUCAUUGUGCUUGCUGACGCACAUUCCCAAGUGACAAAACCCAGCGGAACUGGGGGUACAGAUCCCACGGAACUUCUUCAGACAACUGUGGAACUGGGGAGUUCUUCCACUGACUCAGGAAUGACUGCUAGGCCGCUCAGCCAGGGGCUUCUGAGCUUCGAAGAUGUAGCUGUGCGUUUUACCGACGAGGAAUGGAUGCUGCUGGAUGCAGAUCAGCAGGACCUCUACCGGGAGGUUAUGGCGGAAAAUUCCGGAAUGGUGGCCUCUCUAAUCCAGGAGCUCCAGCCAGAAAUAAAUGCCGAGGACCAGGAGGCAGAAGCAGCUGACAAACCUGAGCAGAAAGCGGAAGACGGAGAAGGAAAAAGCCACCCCCUUUCCCAGCACCCCACUGAAAGCGAGCUAAGGACUUCGUGCAGCUUGGGGCAGAGUUCAGCCACUGAGCCUGAGCAGGAGUGCCGGUAUUCCUUGGAAACAGUGGCGUUUUCUCCUCCACCCUUGGAAUUUAGAGAAUCCCCAAAUUGUUUGGAAGCCGAAGCUGAGGAAGAGAACAUGCUGGAGACCCAGAUCAGCUUCAGCGGGGAAAUGUCCCCCAGCUUCGCUGACCCCGUGAAAGAAAACCGGGAGCUCGGACUUGAAGAGGAGAGCCUGAAAGGGGAGACCCAAGGCAGCCAGGAUGAAAAAGUAAGACGACCUCUGGCAGACAUCAAUUCCUCCACGCCAAUACAGGAACCAUUAGGCGGAGUGGAGAUCCAACAUGGGAAGGAGACCACCCAAGAAGGUGACUUCCUGGGAAAGGGGCCAGGUUCAGGAUCAGAAAACUCAACGCUGGAAUCUAAGGAUGGUUUUCAGCUAGAAAAACCGAAGGAGAUAAACCCCCAUGGGAAAUUAUUGGAAAGAGCCCUGGGGACACUCAUCCAAGGCCCCAACGCUCAGGAGGGUCUCGAAAUUGAGCAGGACAUGGUCAGCUUACCGGAGGUAAAGUCUGACUUAGCCUUGUUUUGUGACGAGGUCUCUACAAACGGACCUGCGAAAACCCUCCAAGGAAGAGAGGCCAGUUUUGAUCUCUCUGGGAAUCUCCAGCCAAGAGCCGAUCCUUCGGAGAGUCAAAAUGCGCCGAUGGAAAAUGAACGGAUCUAUAAAUGCUCCUAUUGUGGGAAGUGCUUCGAGGAGAGCGACUCAUUGGUGACCCACGAGAGAGCUCACAUAGCAGAGAAGAUUUACAGGUGCUCCCAGUGCGAGAAACACUUCUCUCACCGGCUCGACCUUCUGACCCACCAAAGAAACCACCAGCGGGAGAAGCCGCACCAGUGCGAACGGGACUGCGCCAAAUGCCACAGGCAGAGGACUUGCCCAAGGGUAACCCACCGAGCGCGGCCUGGAGAGCAAGCUUGCCAGUGCCCAGUUUGCGGGGAACGUUUCACCUGGAAAUCCAACCUUAUCAGACACCGGAGAAUCCACACGGGAGAGAAACCCUAUCGUUGCGCUGAGUGUGGGAAAAGCUACACCCGUAAGAACGCACUUGACAGACACAAAAGGAUCCACGUGGGGGAGAAAGCUCAUGAAGUCAGUGCUCCGAGCAUGGGGCAAGCAUCAGUGUUGGUUCUGUUAGGUAAGCUCCCCGUUAGGAGAACGAGUGCGUGCAGAGAAGCGUAGUGAGAGUUGUGUGGAAGAAACGCAUAAACCAGCAUAUGGAGACACUGAAUUGUAAAACAGAUAGUAUUUUACUGCUGUGGAAAUAGAGGUAUGCAGAGUCCAAUUCAUAUACGAUUAAGACAGUCAGACAUCAACGUUCGCAGUUAAGGGGUGAUCCAUCAAACACAGUCCAGUAUCAUAUAAGCACACAAAGUCGCUAACAGUAGCAAAACUCACAGUAAUUCACGCUGAGCAAUACACGACACAUCUACAACCAGUAUCCAACAAUCAGCAUCUAACAAUCAGAGAGCUAACAGUCAUUCUGGCUCCAUCUUAUGGCCGCUUGAGGUAACAGCAACCAAUCACAUUUACAGCAGUACUUAAAGAUACAGUACUACUAUCAGGGCUUAUAUAUUGCUAACCCAACUGUUAGACUACAUUCCUAGCAGGUCCUUCUUGUUUGAAUCACGUGAGGUUGGCGAGAAACAUAUUGCAUUGUAUUAAACGCGUUCUGACCUAGGCUUCCCCAAAAAGCACAGGGCAGAGUCCCGACAAAACCCCUUUUAUUAAACAAAUGUGAA